UCCGGCAACGAGCCAAACGAGGUGGAGGUGACAUGGCGGCGCCCAGCGCGCACAUGACACAUAACUCGGAGUCGGACGCUGUGAUGUAAGCAACACGAACGCGCGACUGUGCAAUUCCGUGCCGGCAGCAGGGUAUACAAAUGAGUCGAAUUUACUCGCGAUGUCCGAUUGCGACAGACCGAGCUGCAGUCUAAUUCCUCGCGGGGAUGUAUUACCGCGCGUCGUCAAACCGCGACACGUAAGAAGAUCCUUGAAUUUCGGCCAGUCGAUCCUCGAGCUCGGCGCCGUCGAGCGGCGGCGCCCGGCGCGGAACGGCGUCCUCGUGAUCGACGAGAAUGUCGCUCGCAUACCGUGCACCGAGAAGGGGGAUUACGUGCGCAAGUGGCUCGAGACUCACGAGAACGGCGAGCGCAAUGAUCCGUCCCAGUUGUCCCCCGUUCUGGGGACUACUGCGUCGGCGACCACCACGGCCUCCCGGAGAUCGCCGAUACUCAGCAAAGGUAGGAAGCGACCUAGGGGAAAGAUCGGUGUAAAUAGAAACGCCACGGCGAGAAGGCAGCCGGGCAAUGCGGACCGUCAGGAAGUCGCGGAGCACUCUGCGAACUGUAAGAAGCCACGUUGCGGAUGUAAGAAGAGCGCGAAGUAUGGGGAAUGUAACAGCGAGGGACAGCACACCCCACCUGGUGCAGAGAAGACCGCUGACGAGUCGUCUCCUGUCCUCGGUACCACGUCGCAUCGCGUUUUCAAGAAGAGGAAAAAAAAAUUGCAGUAUGAACCAGAGAACGGUGUUUCUCCCAGAUGUUCAAAGUCACAUGACAACUGUAAAAUCACAGGUAUAAAUGUAAAAUCAACGACGGAACCUGACGGUAAGCGGAACAAUCUGUCUGCGGUUCAAGAUAAGUUGGGGAAAAAUUUGGACGCCAAAGCAUUGGUCUUCUCGACCGAGGUAAGGGAAAGUCCAGAGAAAUAUCAGGGAUGUAUAGAGACAUUUUCAUCACCGAUACAGGAGAGAUUGAGUUUCGCUGACAGUUCAAGUAGUAAUAAAACUGAUAAAGGUAAUACAAAGAUAGAAACAGGUACGAGCAACGGCAGCGAGGAUGAGGAAUGUGAUGAACUUACGAGCGCGUCCAGCAAUAGCGACAAAUUGAGUAACUUCAUAGAGGAAACCGAUACGCAGGCGGAUAAAAAUUUGAUCCCUUCAGGACAGCCGUUUACAUCCUUGCAGUUGAUUACCGACGACUCGAAUGAAACUUAUUGUUCGGAGGCAGAAAUGAUGCGGGAUCGAAGUACACAUCUGUCCGCGAUGAUCUCCGAGGUGACGUCUGUGAAUAAAACCACGCAGAAGACGGCCAGCAAGUCGGCGACCCAACAAACCGAUGCCAUUAUCAGCACGAUAACAACCCCGUCGAAAAAGUCACCGGAUAAGAGUAUGCACGCGCGUCUCUUGGACUCCGGGAAGAAACGCCGCAAGCCCAAAAAAGGAAGCAUGGUCGCGAGACUACAGUCACUGAUCAACGCGCAGGUAUCCGGCAUUCGUAUAUGGCGUCAUCGAAUGAACAAGGAACUCGACGCCACGUCAGCGCGGUACAUCAGCGUACUCGUGCGCGAUUCUACAAAGCAGUUCGGCAACCAGUUUCUGGAAGGCGUCUUGAUCGAGGAUCGCUACAAUCUCCUGCAGACCGACACAGAGGUCGAACAGCCGGAAGAAGAGGAUAAUGCGACUCAAGUCCGACCGAAGAAAGUCUUGUACGGGAAUAUAACGAUAAUGCUAGUCUGUGAUAUAAUUGGUAGAUUGAAAAUGAUAUCGCGAGUUGUGAUAAACGUUUAUCCACCAUGGAACAUCUUGGACAAGGACGAUCUUACCUUAGAAGUGAUGUACAUAAGUAUAAGUGACAAUCGCGAAAUACCCGAUGUUGAGAACGCUGGGAAAUCGCGUGAGCGCAAAAAACGAAUUCUCAAAGAGUUCAACUGUCCCUGUAUAGAAGAACAGAGAGAAUUGCCGUUCUGCGCGAUGAAGUCUGGCAGUGAUAAGCCCGACGUGAUGCGACAAAUAUUUAAUUUUUUUAGAACGAUGUCGAUUACUCAGGACCGUCCCGAAUUAUACGAAGAAGUUAAGCUCUAUAAAAAUGCCCGGGAGAGAGAGAAGCACGACAAUCAGGCGGAUCUGUACGCCGUGGUAAACACAUUGCAGCAUUUGGAAAAGGCUUACAUCAGAGACUGCGUCACGCCAAAGGAAUAUACAGCGGCGUGCAGCAAACUGUUAGUGCAAUAUAGAGCUGCGUUUAAACAGGUACAAAGCGAUCAAUUUCCAACAAUCGACUCCUUCACCAGAGCGUUCCGCUUAGAUUGUCCCGCUGCCCUCGAGAGAAUCAAGGAGGACAGGCCAAUCACGAUAAAAGACGACAAAGGCAACACUUCCAAGUGCAUCGCCGACAUUGUUUCGCUGUUUAUCACACUCAUGGACAAGUUACGACUGGAGAUCAAAGCCAUGGAUCAACUGCACCCCGAUCUAAGGGAUCUCAUGGACACCAUGAAUCGCCUCAGUAUACUACCCAGUGAUUUUGACGGUAAAGAGAAAGUUGCGGAAUGGUUGCAGACCCUCGACAAUAUGUCCGCCUCGGACGAAUUAUCGGACACUCAAGUCAGACAAUUGAUAUUCGAUUUAGAGACAUCCUACAAUGCUUUUAAUAAAGUACUUCAUAACUCCUAAUUCUUUUUAUUUUCUGCCGGAUCGAGUUAAUCUGAUAUAAUCUACGAUAUGAGCCUUGAUGUAUAUAUCAUUAUAUAAUGCUGCUUGAACAGAAUUAUUAUUAAUGUAAAAAUAUAAAAUUAAUAGUAUGAUUAUUUGUACAUAUUGUUACUGCUAAUUAAUUUUACCGCAAGAUGUCGAUUGAAGAAUUCUUUGAAGCUUCUUCUAUUAUAGAUAGAAUUGAAUUAGUUUAUUCAAUUGCGACGUUUGUAGUAAUUGCAAUUAUACUUUUAUUUUGGUAAGCAACAAUUUGCCACAUCACGUCACUUUGCAUUGUUCCUUGAAUCACGUGUGAGACUCGCAGUAUUUAAGAUGAAUACAUUUUAUUGGUAAAUGAAACUAUUAUAGCGAAUUCGGUUGGACGCACUAGUGCGCACUCAUUGCGCAUUGGUGCACAUUAAAGCCGUCGUACACAAAGCAACGUGUAAAGCGUGUUUAAUAUAAACGUGUUAAAUCACGAAAUCCCCUCAAUAUUCUUUAUUGUGCUAUUUGGUAAAAUAUGUAUUGGGCAUUUUAUCAGUCAAGAUAUUUGCAUUUUGCUUUAAAGAUUAAAUCAGUGUACAACGGCUUUUUAAUAUGCACCAGCGCGCACUAGUGCGUCCAACCGAAUUCGCUAUUACUGCUGUUAGAUAUACGUAUAUGUAUACAUAGGAAUAUAUAUAUAUAUACACAGAUAUGUAUAGGUGCGCAAAACAAACUAUUUUAUAUGCGAUUCUUUGUAAACGCCGACAACUGAAUUACUGCUGCUUGUAUAUUAUCGAUUAAGCCAAUAAAAACGCGUGCAGUUUUAAUA